AUGGGCAGAAAUAAAAAUAGUGAUGCUUCAACUAUAUAAACAAUUGUUGAUUUGCAUUUCGAUAAAAAGUGGAAGUACAAGAGAAUAGCUGACCAUUUGAAUUAUUCUGUAAGGAAAGUAAUUAAUGCCAUUGACCAUUAAAGAAGACACGGAGCUAUUGAAAAUGUUCUUAGAAUUACUCGACCGAGAAAAACAUCGCCCAAAGAAGAUAUGCUAAUCGUACGAGUUGCUAAACAAGACCCAUUUAAAGGCUCCAACCAGAUUAAAAAUGAAGGUUUUUCGCCUGGUGAUCCUAGAAACGUCUCGGUAAAACUGGUUUGCCGAUGAUUGGUGGAAGCUAAAUAGUUUGAGAGGGUUUUUCGAAUGGUACCGCUCCUUGCCAAGCAACACUGACAGACGUUUAUUUUAGGGAAAAAAUAUGUUGAUUGGAAGGUAUGAAAAUGGAAAAAAGUGUUAUUCUCAUAUGAUACAAAAUUAAACAUGGUAAAUUGA